AUACUCCAGUAGUAGGACACUCACACACAGCACACACCUCUCGACGCACGGACGCACCACACACCACCUGAGAACUUGCGCUGCAUCAUACGGCUGGCGAACGGUGGGGUUCGUGGCGGCGAUAAGCGGGGCUUGUGGUGGACUAAAUAGAAUAACAGCUUAGUUGCAGCUGCAAAUCAAUUUUUCCAGUUGAUGUCAGUUACCAGUCACAUCAGUUCAGUUUAAUUCAGUUCAAUUUUGAUUUGGUUUCAGUUGAACGAGCAAUUCAUGAACCAAACUGACAUCUCUAAGCACCACCAUAAUCAAUGUCUGCUUUAACACUUACUCCCAACUCUCUGCAAACAAUCUCCACUCAACUUCACUCUCUCUCUCAUAUCUCAUCUUCUCAAAUUUCAUUCAAUCGCGAAUCAAAACUUUCAUUUUCCUCAAAAUCCUCUUCAACUCUAACCCCAUAUGCAGCCCUUUCUGACCCUUUUGUACUCCAAAUUGCAGAAACCUUUGAAGAUUCUCUCUCCUCUUCAUCGUCAACCCCCUCAACUUUGCAGAAACUAAGGGAUUCUUCCUCUGAAUCCCUCCUUUCUCUCUCAUGGCCCACCAGAAAAGACGAACCUUUCAGAUUCACUGACACUUCCUUCAUCAAAUCCUCUGAAAUUCAGCCUAUUUCUAACCCACCUCAAGAUUCUGACUUUUCUGAGAUUUCUUGGAAUACCCAAUUGCCUUAUCUCACUAUGGUUGAUGGGUACAUUGUGGAUUCUCUAUCCAGCUUGUCGGGUUUACCUGAGGGUGUGUUUGUGGGUAGUUUGUCUGACCUAUCUUCUGAGGGUCUUGUGAAAAGGGUAUCUGAAUAUUUGGCCAAUUUUGUAGGGGAUUUAUUUUGGUCCCUUAAUGGGGUCGGAGCUCCUGAUUUGGUUGUUGUUUAUGUGCCUGAAGGGUGCCGGGUUGAAACCCCCUUGCACUUGAGGUAUUGCUCCAUGAGAGGGAGUGAAUUCGGGUCUAAUAAGUUGCCGGUUUCGAACCCAAGAGUGUUGGUGUUGGUAGAGAAGGGAGGAGAGGUGGGUAUAGUUGAGGAGUUUGUGGGUGAAGAUAGGGAUAAGUGUUAUUGGAAAAAUUCUGUUCUUGAGGUGGUCAUUGGUGAAGGAGCAACAGUUAGCCAUUCUUAUGUUCAAACACAAUCUUUGGGAGCUGCACAUGUAAAAUGGACUUCUAUUAGACAGGAAUUAGCUAGCACCUAUAAGCUUGUGGAAAUUAGCUCUGGUGGGAAACUGAGCCGACACAAUCUCCAUGUUCAGCAAGUUGGUCCAGAUACAGUUACAGAAUUAUCAACACUGCAUCUCUGUAUCAAUGAUCAGACACAAGAUCUGCAUAGCAGAUUAAUUUUGGACCACCCACGGGGUUACACCAACCAACUUCACAAGUGCAUUGUGGCUCAUCCACGUGGACAAGCCGUGUUUGACGGUAAUGUCAGGGUCAAUAGAUAUGCUCAGCAAACAGAUGCAGGCCAACUGACAAGGAGUCUCCUCCUUGUACCUCAAGCAACAGUAAACUUGAAACCCAAUCUCCAGAUUAUAGCAGAUGAUGUCAAGUGCUCUCAUGGAGCUGCUAUAAGUGACUUAGAAGACGACCAGCUCUUUUAUUUCCAGGCUCGAGGUAUUGAUUUGGAGACUGCGAGGAGGGCUCUUAUUUUCUCUUUUGGUGCCGAGGUAAUUGAGCGGAUCCCUGUUGCUUCCUUGAGGGAAAAGGCAAAGAUUCACAUUGCUGAGUUACUCAACCCCAUGAUAGCCAAGUCUACCACCUAAAGAAGGUGUAACCACUCAGCAUACACAAAUAUCUACAAGGAUCGUACUAUUUUUGACAUUUAUGUAUAUAUAUAUCAAUUUAUUUGUCUCAUAAUCUAUUUAAAAGAUAGAUUGAUGGCAACAGCCUUAUGUAACCAAGUUAUAGUUUCUCCAUUGAUGUACACACGUGUAAUUUUCACAUCUGAACAAAAUAUGCUGUUUGUAUUUAUAAUAAUGCCAGAAUUUGGAUGCA